AAGGGGCGGGACCUGCCGCCGGUCAUUGUGGCCAGUGUACGCCGCACGUGCUGCUCCCGGGCUAGCGCUGGCUCUCCGGUUGACGGGAAGGUGGGUGGCGCGUCCUGAAGGGACCCCCUCCUCGCCCGCUUUCCGCCGGACAGCCCAGUGCUUCCCCUCGGGCCCGGGCCUAACGCUGCGGUUUAACCCGGAAGUUAAAGGAAAGAAGUUACUUGGGAAACUCCUCCCCGAGCACAAAAUCCAGCUGUAUUAAGCCUUUUGUAAGCUAUUUCAGCUCAGAAUGGCAAUGGAAUCCAGAGCAACUUCAACUUUAAAACCUCAGGAUCAUCAAGAAGAACUAAUAGUAGUGAAAAUAGAAGAUAGUAGCUUUUCUUGGAGUCAGAAAUGUAAACAGAAUGGGAGUACCCCAUCUUGCCAAGAAUUGUUUCGCCAGCAAUUCAGGAAGUUCUGCUAUCAUGAAACACCGGGGCCCCGAGAGGCUCUGGGCCGACUCCAGGAACUCUGCUAUCAGUGGCUAAUGCCAGAGUCACACACAAAGGAGCAGAUCCUAGAGCUGCUAGUGCUGGAGCAGUUCCUGAGCAUCCUACCUGAGGAGCUGAAGCUAUGGGUCCAAAAACAUGCUCCAAGAAGUGGUGAGGAAGCUGUGACACUGCUGGAGGAACUGGAGAAAGAGUUUGAUGAUCCAGGGCAGCAGGUCCCAGAUAGUCCGCAAGGACCAUGGAAAGAUUUGACAUAUCUCAAAACAUCCCAAGAUUCAGCAAGCAUCCAAGUCCGUCCUUUGAAGACACAGCUAAAAUCCUGGAAACCUUGCCUUUCUACUAGAAGUGAUUCUAAGAACAAUGAAACAACAGCAAAAGAAGACAUUUCCAAAGAAAAAUCAGUGGGACUCUCUUGGGAUCCUUCAUUUAGAGGUGUCAGCGAUCACGAAAGCAAUUUAGAGUGGCAGGAAAGACGUUCCCCUCUCCACAGGGGCAGUUUCAGUCAAGUGAUCUUCACACACAAAUCCUUAGCAAAGAGAGACCAUCAGGAUGAAUCUCAAAGAUGUGUAAUUCUAAGUACAAACUCUGUAACAUGUCAGAAAGUUUCUACAGAAGACAGACCUUACAGAUGUGAUAUAUGUGGGCACAGCUUUAAACAGCAUUUCUCUUUAACGCAACAUCAGAGAAUCCAUACUGGAGAAAAGCCCUAUAAAUGUAAUCAGUGUGGGAAGGCCUUUAGUUUGAGGUCUUAUCUUAUUAUUCAUCAGAAAAUCCAUAGUGGUGAAAAGGCAUAUGAAUGUAAUGAAUGUGGGAAAGCCUUCAAUCAGAGCUCAGCCCUCACUAGACAUCGGAAAAUUCAUACAGGUGAGAAAGCUUGUAAAUGCAACGAGUGUGGCAAAGCGUUCAGUCAAAGUUCUUACUUAAUUAUACAUCAGAGAAUUCACACUGGUGAGAAACCCUAUGAGUGUAAUGAAUGUGGGAAGACCUUUAGCCAGAGCUCAAAGCUCAUUAGACACCAGCGAAUUCAUACAGGCGAGAGACCCUAUGAAUGUAAUGAAUGUGGGAAGGCUUUCAAGCAGAGCUCAGAGCUGAUUACCCAUCAGAGGAUACACAGUGGAGAGAAACCCUAUGAAUGUAAUGAGUGUGGAAAAGCCUUCAGUCUGAAUUCAAACCUCAUAAGACAUCAGAGAAUUCACAGUGGAGAGGAGCCCUAUCAGUGUAAUGACUGUGGCAAAACCUUCAAAAGGAGCUCAGCCCUUGUUCAGCACCAGAGAAUCCAUUCUGGGGACGAAGCUUAUAUAUGUAAUGAAUGUGGGAAGGCUUUUAGGCACAGGUCAGUGUUGAUGCGCCAUCAGAGAGUCCACGCUAUUAAAGCGGCCGAGCGAGGGCUGUCUCCAUGCCUUGUGUCCAAGAGGUCGGUGGAGGGAUUGUGGGUGGUGGUAAUUGACAGGCGUUUUCUCCGGCGGUGGAGAGUCAGAGUGGCUUCUUCAGCGUGGAGAGCGGUCUCCAGCUGGUUUCCGAGAUGUCCAGUUGUGCUCCGUGUCCAAUUCAGUUAUGAAUCUCAAGAGCAUCGCUUUCUAUCUGAUGGUGAGAUGAAGAUCAAGAUCGGAGAGCCAGCUUCAGAGGAGGAAAUGACAGGGCAAAUUGAAGCAUUGACUGAAGAGUCUGUCAGCCUCAAGGAGGAUGUUCUCCAGAAUCCCCAAGGCAAAGAACUCUGUGAAUUUGAGGAUGAAUUGAAUGACCAGAUGCUCUUUAAAAGACAGUAUAACUGUGAUGAAUGUGACCAAAGCUUUGCUUGGAAUACAGGUCUUAUUAGACACCAAAGAAAUCACUGGGAGAAAUCUUAUGAAUGUGAUGAAUGUGGCAAAGCCUUUCGGAUAAGCUCAGCCCUGGUUCUGCAUCAGAGAAUUCAUACUGGAGAGAAACCCUAUCCUUGUAACUGGUGUGUUAAAAGUUUCAGUCGGAGCUCAGACCUUAUUAAACAUCAAAGAGUCCACACUGGUGAAAAACCUUACCAAUGUGAUGAAUGUGGGAAAGCCUUCAGUCAGAGCUCAGAUCUUAUCAUACACCAGAGGAUCCAUACAGGAGAAAAGCCCUACCAAUGCAGUCAUUGUAGUAAAAGCUUUAGCCAGCGCUCAGGCCUGGUUAAACAUCAGAGAAUCCACACUGGAGAGAAGCCAUACAUGUGUAUCCAGUGUAGCAAACAUUUCAGCCAGAGCUCUGACCUCAUAAAGCAUCAGAGAAUCCACACCGGGGAGAAGCCAUAUAAGUGUAAUGUGUGUGGGAAAGCCUUUAGUCAGAGCUCUGACCUUAUUCUGCAUCAGAGAAUCCACACUGGGGAGAAGCCAUAUCCAUGUGCUCAAUGUAACAAAAGUUUUAGUCAGAAUUCAGACCUGAUUAAACACAGAAGGAUCCACACUGGGGAGAGGCCGUAUAAAUGUAGUGAAUGUGGGAAGGCUUUCAACCAGAGCUCAGUUCUUAUUCUGCACCAGAGAAUUCAUACUGGAGAAAGGCCCUAUCCGUGCAGUCAGUGUCCCAAAACCUUCAGUCGGCUCUCUGAUCUCACCAACCACCAGCGAGUUCACACUGGCGAGAGGCCGCACCCGUGCAGCCAGUGCGGGAAAAUGUUCAGGAGAAGGUCAGACCUUGUUAAACAUUACAGAACCCACACCGGGGAGAAGCCCUAUGAGUGUGAGGAGUGCGGGAAAACCUUUAGCCAGAGUUCCAACCUCAUUCUCCACCAGAGAAUCCACACUGGGGAAAAACCAUACUCCUGCAGUGGUUGUUUUAAAAGUUUUAGUCGCCGUUCAGAUCUCAUAAAGCAUCACAGAAUACAUACUGGAGAAAAACCAUAUAUAUGUAAUCUGUGCAAUAAAAGUUUUAGUCAAAGUUCAGACCUCACUAAACAUCAGAGAGUACAUUCUGGUGAAAGGCCCUACCAUUGUGAUAGUUGUGACAAAGCCUUUAGUCAGAGUUCUGACCUCAUCCUCCACCACAGAGUUCACACGGGAGAAAAACCAUAUGCGUGUGCACAGUGCACCAGAAGUUUCAGUCAGAAGUCAGACCUCAUCAAACACCAGAGAAUCCACACUGGAGAGAAACCAUAUGAAUGCAAUGUGUGUGGGAAGGCUUUCAGUCAGUGCUCAGCUCUGACUCUCCAUCAGAGAAUCCACACUGGAGAGAAGCCAUACCCAUGUGCUCAGUGUGGCAAAAGCUUCAGUCGGCGCUCUGAUCUCAUUAACCAUCAGAGAAUCCACAUGAUGAAAAACUACAACUCUGAUCCCUGAAACUACAACUCUGAUCCCUGUGGGAAACCUUCGGCACUGUGAGCAAUCUUCCUGAACAUCAGAGGACCCACGGAGAAGAAAAGUUCUACCCUCACGUUCAGGGCAGCAGAUGCUUUAACAAACCUGAUCUUGGUGAUUUUAAGCAAAUCCAUCCUACCAGGUGGUGGUGGCACACAUCUUUAAUCUCAGCACUCGGGAUGCAGAGGCAGGCAGAUCUCGUAAGUUCGAGGCCAUCCUGGUCUACAGAGCAAGCUACACAGCCAGGGCUACAUAGAAAUACCUGCCUUGGCGGGGAAAAAGGAAGAAGAAAUGAGAGGUGAGGAGAAGGAAGAAGAAAAGAAGAUCCAUUCUGAGGUGGAAGACUGCAUAAAUGUGAUAAAUUUGGGAAAACCUGUAGUAUACAAAUUCAGACGUCAUACAAGAACAUAAUCUUCUCAAUGCUAUUAUGAUCAUGAAAAUGGUUUUAAUCAAAGUCCAACCCAUGUUCCACUUAAAAAUGUUGGAAGAUGAAUUUUGUGGCAAUUUAACUUAGACCCGAGAAUUACUGAUACUAAGGAAAUUCUGAGGAGUUCUGGGAGUUGUGUGAAAACCUUCAUGGUUUAUCUUUUUUUUUUUUUUAAAGAAAGCGAAACUAGAAAUUCUUACCUUUGCUAUGAUCUAAGAAAAAUCUUUUAUUGAGAUACAAUUCACAAAGACUUAUAUCAUUAUAAAAUGCAUAACAUUAAUGCAGAAUUUAUCAAUUUUUAAAAUGUGGAAAAAUCUCAAAUGUCAGAGGGAAAUAUAUUCAUCUUAGAAGCUCAAACUUUACUGAGUCUAAAUUGCCAACUACCUAUCAGAAGGUAUUUUAGAGAAGGUAAGGAAACUUUAAAUCCUGUAAUUAAAAUAGUAUUAACACUGACAGCACACAUGUGCCCAAUGCUCAUGCUGAGUGUCUAUAAAUUCCCUGUGUAACCCCGUGCCACUUUGUCUCAGGAAUUUGUAAAGAAAUGUAUGUAAAAACUGACUAUUUUUUCAUCUAUUGAACAAAAAUGCAACUGCGGUAUUGCGGUAAUGUAAAUACAGUAGUUCUGUAGUACCAUAGGGGAUGUCCCAAGGCAUAGAACUUUAUCAGCUGAUAAUCUUGCUAAAUUCAGGUAGUAGACCAUGAUUAGGCAAAGUGCAUCAUCCCUGGUGUUAGUACUAGAGUUUUUCAGUUCCUAACUCUAACAGCUCCAAACUUUUGAGUGUCAGUGACUCAAAUCCUAGUGUUAUUAUCUUGGCUGCUCUUCUUACAGCCAGAACCAUCACUUAGCAGCAGUUCUUGUCAUUUUGUCAACAGAGAUAGCUGUUCCCAUCACUGGUAAUAAGCUACUCUCAGUGAUAACAGCCCUAAGGGAACCAGUCAGCCUGCUUUAUCCAGAAAUCAUAAAUAUGCAAAAGCAUCCAGAGAGAUGCCAUCGGUACUUGUGCUUUAGCAAUGCAUGGGCUGACCAGAUGAGGAGGAGAGAAGGGGCAAAUUAUAUAGGCAAAAGGAAUAGACUUUCAUGGUGUCCUGUUGAUGAACUGCAGAUUUUAUGCAAUUGUAGGUUGUGAGCAGGGGAGGGAGGAGUGCUUUAUUGAUAUGAAUAGAGACAACUGAAGUGGCUAAAGGAUGGCAGCAUCAGCUGGUAGAAACCUGCUCUACAGGCAGAGCGAAGCCUCACUGCAGUUCUUGUACAUUUCAGAAGAUGCUGGCCUUCUGUAUCGUUGGUCAGUAUUGCAUUCCUAACACCAUUUCCUUGCUUAAACACUUACUGUGCAGUGUGUCUAUAAACUUGCAUUUUGAGAUUCCAGAAUAAUAAAUUUUUCUCUUCACAAUUUCACAAGAUUCAUUCUUACUAUAGGCCUAAAAAUAUCCUCAGAAUUUUUUUCUUCCCUCAAAUGAAAACCUCCUUUUUCACUUACAGAUGAUAAUACUGUCUUCUCUUCCUAUCUUAAUUGCCAGCGCCAUUGCUCUUCAUCUUGGGGCCAUUGUUCAGUAAAGCAAGGAUUAUUUGACCAUAAGCAGUGGGAGUACGGAGACUGAAUCUGAUGACCCAGACAGCUACCAAGUGAAGAAUAAUACAUGCAAAAUGGACACUCUGGAGAAGGCACUGUUUCACGUGCUGGAAGCUGUACAGAAAGGAGGACUCAAGGUUUCACCAUAUUGCUCACAAACCGAAUUGUCUCUAGAAUUUUAAGAACAAGGUGAACUAGGUAACUCAAACGUCAGAAAAGAAAACCACGGAGGUGACUAUUUGACUAUCAUCUCUGACAUGUAAUUUCUAAAAUCCUUGGACAUCCCUAAGUUACAAGAACAAUUAAGAUGGGGCCUGAAGAAAUGAUUCAGCAGUCAAGCACACUGGCUGCUUUUCCAGAGGAGUUGGGGUCAAAUCCCAGCACCCACAUGAUAGCUCACAGCUAUCUGUAACUUUAGUUCCAGGGGACCCAAUGCCUUCUGACCUCUGAAGCCACUGGGCACACAUGGUGUACAUCAAGACAAAACACCAUAUACAGAAAGAUUUGUAAAUGUUUUUAAAGAACAAUUAUCUUCUUUUUUUUCAGAUUUUAAAUAUUUUUAAUAUGUAUUUGAAAUUAUCUUCUUACAACAAACCCCCUUUGUCAAUGAAGUAACAUUGGAAAGACCUUUGAACCGUGGGAGCUGCUUGCCAGGGAAACUAAAACUCAGUACCACUCUGCCCCAACUUGACUUCCGAGAAAGAAGAACUGGAGAUAAAGUUCAAAUACCAAUGGCCAAUGAUUUGUUAAUAUAUUAACAUGUAUAAUUAUAUAAAUAUAUUAACAAAUA